AUGAGAAUUCAAAUAAAAGGAGGUAUAUGGAAAAAUUGUGAGGAUGAAGUUCUUAAAGCAGCUGUUAUGAAAUAUGGUUUAAAUAAUUGGUCAAGGGUUGCAUCUUUAUUAGUUCGUAAAUCAGCUAAACAAUGCAAGGCGAGGUGGUAUGAAUGGCUUGAUCCAUCAGUUAAAAAAACAGAAUGGAAUAAAGAAGAAGAAGAAAAACUUUUACAUCUAGCCAAAUUGUUUCCAACACAAUGGAGAACCAUAGCACCUAUAGUAGGAAGAACAGCACAACAAUGUUUAGAACAUUAUGAAUAUCUACUUGAUGAAGCGGAAGGAAAGGUAUAUGAUAAAAAUAAGAACCCACGACAUCUAAGGCCAGGUGAAAUUGACCCUGCUCCUGAAUCGAAACCAGCACGUGCAGAUCCAGUAGAUAUGGAUGAAGAUGAAAAAGAAAUGCUUGCAGAAGCUAAAGCUCGACUUGCAAAUACCAAAGGUAAAAAAGCAAAAAGAAAAGCUAGAGAAAAACAACUGGAACAAGCUAGGAGAUUAGCUUUAUUACAAAAAAAAAGAGAAUUAAAAGCAGCAGGGAUAACAUCAUUAAAUUAUAAAAGAAAAGAUAAAAAUAAAAUUGAUCAUUCGAAAGAAAUAUUAUUUCAUAGGAAACCAUUAAAAGGUUUUUAUGAUGUUAAAGAUGAACAAAAUAUUAAUGAUGAUAUAUAUGAAAAUAAUAAGUCAAAUCAGAAGAAAAGUAUAAAAUCAAUGGAUGUUGAAAAUAUUAAUGAUGCUAUGGAAUAUAAUAAAAAUAAAGGUAAACGACAUCAUCAUCAUAAUAAUAAUAAUAAUAAUAAUGAAGAAGCAAAUUUGUUAUCUACAAUAGAAAAUUAUGAUAAACAAUUUAACGAAUUAAGUCAUUUAAGAAAAAGGGUUCGAUUGAAUUUACCAGAACCUAUAUUAAAUGAAAAUGAAAUAGAUGAAAUAAUACAAAUAAAUAAAGAAGCAUCAGCAUUUAAUGAUAUUAUAAAAGAUCAAAACGAUAAAUUACCAAUAAAUAAUAUUUUACCAAGUAUUGAAAGCUCCUCAUUUAUAUUAAACCAUAAAGAUAAAUUUUCAAACUUGGAAACAGAUUUUUAUAAUAAUAAUAAAUCAAUUGCUUUUUCUAGUAAACUAGAUCUAAGUAUACAACAAGCAGCAAAAAAUAUCAUUUCAAGAAAAAUGAAUAUUCCAUUUAUAGGAAUGAACAAUGAUUAUAAUGAAGAAGAAUUUGAAAGAAAAAAUAAUAUAUCUCUAAAGGGUAAUAAGAAUGUUCAUAAUGAUUUAGAAUAUGAUGACACGAAUAAUUAUAAUAAUAAUAAUAAUAAUAAUAAUAAUAAUAAUUAUACUUCUUUUAAUUCUAUCAAAAAUUCCUCAACCCUUUAUAAUCAUCUGGAUGUAGAAAAAAAUAUAAAAGAUGUACAAGAAGAAAUUGAAAAACAAAAGAAAUUAAAUGAAGAAGAUCAUCAAAAUAAUCAAAAAGAAAAGUUAACUAUUAAAAAUAAAAUUAUUAGUGAUAUUAAAAGUUUUAAAAAAAAUAUUAGUUUAUAUGCUCAUUCUAUUAUAUCCUAUAAAAAUUUAAAAAAUGAUCAAUCUAUGAUGGAUAAUCAAACUAUACAAACAACUGAAUAUUAUGAUGAUAAUUAUGAAGAGAAAAUUGAUCGAGCAAAAUUACAUAUUAAAGCAUCGCUAGCCAAUUUACCCCAAGAAACUAAUCUUAUAGAACUUCAAUUAAAUGAUGAACCUCCAGAAUAUGAUACAGACAAUAUAGAAAAAGAUGAAAUAGAAAAAGAUAUACAAGAUAUUGAAAAUGAAAAAAGAAAAAACGAAGAAAGAAAAGAAAAAGAAAAAUUUAAUAAGCAAAAUAAAAUUAUUAGAUGGAAUUUACCUAGACCCUAUUUCUUAGAUAAAAUAAAUCUUUUUAAUAAUUAUAUGCAGAAUGAAUAUGAAGAUGUGGAUAAUUUAAUACAAAGAGAGAUGCUCCUCUUAAUAAAGAAUGAUAUGUUUAAUUAUCCUCUUAGGAAUUCAACACCAGUACAAAAUAAAGUUCAUGUGGAAGAUCUUGAAAAUGUCUACAUGAAUAUGGCUAUGAAGAGUAUAAAUGAGGAGUUCGAAGAUAUGUAUGGAGAAGCAUCAUUAAAUAACAACACAAAGGAUGAUUCUAACACUGAUGGAUGUGAUGAAAAAAGUGAUACAACUAAUAAAGGUGAUGAUACGUCCCAAUGUAGUAUGGAGCAUAGUUCAUAUAAUCAUAUCGAUGUGUGGGAAAAAAUUAACAAAAAUAUAAUUUUUUGCCCAUCAAAAAAUUCAUAUCGCUUUAUUGAAGAUGUUAAUGAAAACGAUAAAAAAGAAAAUUACAAAUUCAAAUGUGAAAAAUUAAAAAAUUUAAUUUUAAAUGAUAUGGAACAUUAUAAAAAAUUAGAAAAUAAAUAUGAUAUAUAUACAAAAGGAUAUCAACUAAAAAUUAAAAAUUAUAAAAAAUCAUAUGAUACUUUAUUUAAUUCAUAUAUUAAUUGUAUUAACGAAAAAGAAGCUUUAAAUGUUCUACAUGAAAAUGAAAAAAAAUAUGCAUUAACAAGAAUUAAAGAAGAAAAAAAUGAAAAUAAGAAAGAAAUCGAAUAUCAUAAAUCAUUACAAAAGUUUUAUCAACACCUUUUAGAAACAAAUCAUCAAUUAAAAGAAACAUGUAAACAAACGUUAAAGGUGACAUAA